GCGACAUGGGCAUAUCGUCUUCCAAGUCAAGCACUAUCAGUAUACGACGGGAAAGUGCUGAUGCCGCACCUCCUGCUGCCGAAGAAGCUACCGGGGAAGGUGAAGAUCCGAAUGUCACGGUCAUCAUACUAGGCCCGCGGUGGGUGCGUGACAGAAAUACAGGACAGCAAUAUGUCGAAAAGAACCGACGCAGAAUCGAUAUGCUCGAACGAAGGGGUGAAGUCACGCAUGUCCUUCGUGAACAAGGCAAGCGAUUCUUCACUAGGCACAAAGACGGGACUAUGCAAAUGGAUCCCAAGAGAGCAUCAGUCGGUGGGUGUAUCUGGCAAGCAUUGAAGAUAGCAAAGUGCUUACUGCGAGCAGAUGAGGCUGUUGUAGUUGAGGUUCCAGCUGGGGCACCUGCGGUCACGGAGGUUGCUCCAGGAUUUGCUUAUACCGGAUUCGAUGUGAGACGAGGAAAGAGCGACCGAACGCCGAAUAACCAAAGUUCGGAGAUACUUGUGCACUCGAGAGAGUCACGCCCUCACAGCAAUCACAGUAUCAAUUCGUCACGCCGACCAUUCCUGAAACCCCUAAAGCAGUGCUCAUCAUUUCCCAACCUCGAAUCUUAUCGCUACCAAGCGCAUCCUUCACAAGCAAUUCGAAUGAGCGGGCCAUCGUUGGGCAUCGAAGAACUAUGGAACCUGAUAUCUGUACCAGCGAACAUACAAGUGCUAGACGACCACCUACUAUCUACUCAUCCAACGUUCGAGACACCGCCUGACAGACAGCAACCAUGGGUCCGCAUGGCCGUAUCAAAGAAUUCAGACGGGACUUUCCAAGGCAUGCUUCUCGAGCGAGGUGUCCUCUUUGCCGAAACCAAACGUUGUCCGAGCCCCUACGAAGCAGUGCUAGAGAUGUUCGAGCAUACAUCAUCACUUGUUGCAAUGUUCUUGGCACGAGAGACACACGCGUUGAGGCAUGGAGAACAGAAAGACGAUGAGACGGUCGUGAGACUGGAUUUGAUCAGAAGGAAACCGGGGGAGUGCUUCGAGAAAGUUUGUAAGAAGUGGACUGAUGACAAGGGUCGGAGACGGUCUAGCGCACAGGAGCUUGAGAAGGAUGUCAUGCGUGGUGUU